AUGAAGGUACCGCCAGUCCCAGAAGAGAGAGGCUCCCAGAGUCCUGCUCCUGCUAUCAGCCCCCAAAGAACCCAAACAGGGAUCAUCUCAUGUAGCAACCUCCGAGAACUGUCGGAGGGGACUGAAGCGGGGGCGCCAUUCGAUCAGUCCAGGCAGAAGCCCCAGACUCCGCCUGAAUUACGGUCACUAAGUCACCUGCCCCCUUGCCUGCUGCACUUGUUGAAACUCAUCAUGCCUCGGGGUCGGAAGAGUAAGCUCCGUGCCCGUGAGAAUCGCCGGCAGGCCCAAGAAGAGGAUCUGGUUCUUCAGAGAGCCACAGCUGUUUCACACACUGAGCCCACCAACAGAGACCCUCUAGAUGAGAUGGUGGUUUUAUCAGUGUACUACCUGUUGUACAAGUAUCAAAUAAAAGAGCCCAUUACCAAGGCAGAUAUGCUGAGAAAUGUAAUCCAGGUGUACAGGAAUCGCUUUCAUGAGAUCCUCAAGAGAGCUUCUGCACACAUGGAGAUGGUCUUUGGCCUUGACCUGAAGGAAGUGGAUCCCUACCGGCACAUCUAUGUCCUUAUUAACAAACUCGAAAUAAGCUAUGAUGCAAUUCUGGAUGAUGUGAGAGAGGUUCCCAAAACCGGCCUGGUGAUGGCUGUUCUGGGUGUGAUAUUCAUGAAUGGCAAUUGCGCCACUGAGGAGCAAGUCUGGCAAAUGUUGAAUUUGAUGGGGUUAUAUGCUGGGAGGAAGCACUUCAUUUUUGGGGAGCCAAGGAAGCUCAUCACCAAAGAUUUAGUGGAGGCAAAUUACCUGGAGUAUCGCCAGGUGCCCAAUAGUGAUCCUCCCUGCUAUGAGUUCCUGUGGGGUCCAAGAGCCCACGCUGAAACCAGCAAGAUAAAAGUGCUGGAAUUUAUGGCCAAGAUCCAUGAUACAGUCCCCACAGCCUUCCCAUCUUUGUAUGAAGAGGCUGUGAAAGAUGAGGUGGAGAGAGCCCGAGCCAGAGCUGCAGCCAAGGCUCAUACUGCUGCCAUGGCCAGUGCACGCUCCAGGGCCAGGGCCACAAGUCCUUCCCGCCCCAAUAAAGUCUGAGGCUGAUUCUUCACUUUGUUCUUAAAAAGAGAAGUCCAUGUUCUAAGCAGUAGAAGAUCAGAAUGGGGCUGGAGACAACAUAGUAUAUAACAUAUGUGUGUUUCUUUUCAAUGUAGUAACUUGGAUAAUUUUUAAAAAACAUAUUAUUCCUUUUAAUAGAAAGUUUAAGUAGCUUCAUAAUCUAAAUUUAUGAAUGAUAUUGCUCAAACAUCUAUUGCUGUCAAUGAGAUUUAAGACUCAGAGUUUUAUUAUUUUGUAAAACAAGUUGGAAAAGUUCCACCUUAUUGAGUAAUUUGGAAUAAGAUAGCAACAAUAGAUGAGGCAUUUCCUUGGAAAUGUGAAAAACUCAACAGUGUAACAUUUGGGGUCAAUA